AACCAACUCAUGCUCGACAGACCACCUCGUCGGGGCUUCGCAUUUAUCGUGCCGUCCAUGUCCAUGCAAGAGCCGACGAGCGCCGCCACCCAGCUUCACGCCGCGAUGGAAGCGUCAUUGUCGCUCUCGUCACUGCAGCUCGCCUUCACGGCGGUCGCGGCGAUCGCGGCGCUGGGCGUCGCGGUGACCGUCACGAGGUACAACCGGAGAUACAUGGGCCUGAGGCUGCCUCCGGGCCCGCCCGGGUGGCCCGUCGUCGGCAACCUCUUCCAGGUGGCGUUCUCCGGCAAGCUCUUCAUCCACUACAUCCGCGAGCUCCGCAAGGAGUACGGCCCCAUCCUGACGCUGCGCAUGGGGGAGCGCACGCUCGUGAUCAUCAGCAGCGCCGAGCUCGCGCACGAGGCGCUGGUGGAGAAAGGGCGGGAGUUCGCGAGCCGGCCCCGGGAGAACACCACGCGCAACAUCUUCUCGUCCAACAAGCUCACCGUGAACUCCGCGGUGUACGGGCCCGAGUGGCGGUCGCUGCGCCGGAACAUGGUGUCCGGGAUGCUGAGCACGUCGCGGCUCAGGGAGUUCCGGCACGCCCGGAGGCGCGCCAUGGACCGGUUCGUGUCGCGGAUGCGCGCCGAGGCCGCGGCGUCGCCCGACGGCGCGUCCGUCUGGGUGCUCCGCAACGCGCGCUUCGCCGUGUUCUGCAUCCUGCUGGACAUGACCUUCGGCCUGCUGGACCUCCGCGAGGAGCACAUCGUGCGCAUCGACGCCGUCAUGAAGCGCGUGCUGCUCGCCGUCGGCGUGCGCAUGGACGACUACCUCCCGUUCCUCCGCCCGUUCUUCUGGCGGCACCAGCGCCGUGCCCUCGCCGUCCGCCGCGAGCAGAUCGACACCCUGCUCCCGCUCAUCAACAGGCGCCGCGCAAUGCUUCGCGACAUGCAGCAGAGGCAGAGCUCAUCGCCGCCGCCCGACCCCAGCGUCGCGGCGCCCUUCUCGUACCUCGACUCCGUGCUCGACCUCCGCAUCGAGGGCCGCGACGACGGCGCGCUCACCGACGACGAGCUGGUGACGCUCUGCGCGGAGCUGUUGAAUGGCGGCACCGACACCACGGCCACCGCGAUCGAGUGGGGCAUGGCGCGCAUCGUGGACAGCCCGUCCAUCCAGGCACGGCUCCACGAGGAGGUCAUGCAGCAGGUCGGCGACGCGCGGCCGGUCGACGACAAGGACACCGACGCCAUGCCGUACCUCCAGGCCUUCGUGAAGGAGCUGCUCCGGAAGCACCCGCCCACGUACUUCUCGCUCACCCACGCCGCUGUGCAGCCGGGAUGCAAGCUCGCCGGCUACGACGUGCCCGUGGACGCGAACCUGGACAUCUUCCUCCCGACCAUCUCCGAGGACCCAAAGCUGUGGGACCGGCCGACGGAGUUCGACCCGGACAGGUUCGUGUCCGGCGGCGAGACGGCGGACAUGACGGGGUCGGCGGGGAUCCGGAUGAUCCCGUUCGGCGCGGGGCGGAGGAUCUGCCCUGGGCUUGCCAUGGGGACGACGCACAUCGCCCUGAUGGUGGCGCGGAUGGUGCAGGCGUUCGAGUGGCGCGCGCACCCGUCGCAGCCGCAGCUGGACUUCAAGGACAAGGUGGAGUUCACGGUGGUGAUGGAUCGGCCGCUGCUGGCCGCAGUGAAGCCGCGAAACCUCGCGUUCUGAUCGGACGGGCGGACGGACGCGCGCAUGCAUGGCUACAGUGUGCGCGUGUCAGGUAGCGUGGCAGUACGACAUCGCUCGUACGUGUGCUCUGCACGCCCAGCUGCACCACGCAUCGCCGUUUGGCCAUGCAUGCAUGCAUGCUAGCCGCCCAUGAGUUGUGGAUGCCACUACUGUCGUGUACUCGUGUCUGUAUGAUGUAACAUACACGGAAAUGCUAGACGUCGUUUGCAUGUGUGUGUGGAUGUGUACGUACUACGUAUAUAAGAAUGAACUCUUUUGUGUAUUUGUAUGUGUCGUCAUCAGUUGACCGCCACAGAACAUUCGUGAUGCAUGGUAUCGCUGUAUAUAUAUAGGUCGAUGAUGUGCGUA